AUGGAGGAAGAACUCAAUUAUGCUACUGUUGUUUUCAAAAAUGGUGGUAGUCCUCAGAAAGCAGCAGCACACUCCCGGCACUUUGUCCUGCUGCUGGUGUGUUUGGGGAUUCUCUGCGUCCUGCUCAUCGCGUGCAUCGGCGUCAUCAUCUACAUCUUCGGGGUCAUGAAGGCCCAGGAAGCUGUCGCAGAAAACGUCAUCCACCUCGAGAAGGAAAAUCACAGACUGAUGAUGGAGAAAGAAAUUUUAGCUAACAAGACCGAGGAAAUUCAUCAGCUGAGAGAUGAUCUCAACAGGACGCUCGGAGUCAUCAUGACGUUCCAAAACUUCCCAGUCAACACAUUCUGCCCAGACAAAAAGUGUCAGCCAUGCCGGGAGAGUUGGAUCCCGUUCCAGGAUCACUGCUACCUGUUUUAUGAGCAACCCGCUCGUUGGAAGACAUGGACACAAGCACGAACAAUUUGUCAAAACAAAGUCGCAGACCUGCUUGUUGUCGACAGUUUACAAGAGCAGGAAUUCAUCAAUAAGCACACCAAGUUCUACCACGACCUUCAUCAUGCAUACUGGAUGGGAUUGCAUAAAAAUGAGGACAAGAAGUGGAUCUGGAUUGAUGGACGCAAUGAGACUUUGGGGUACUGGAUUCAGGAGAGAGUUGGUUACGAUGGUGGAUAUGCGAUGACAUUCCCUGGGUAUGAUGUGACGGCCAGCUGGGGCCCAGCAAGGCAUUAUAUGCGUAACAAAUUCAUCUGUGAGCAUGAAGCCCUCAUCAGGACUCCAGUCAGUUAG